UAUUUGAUUGAGAUCAACUUCAACAUCUGUUCAGGAUCCAAUCCAGCAUCUGAUCGGGAUCCAUCCCGGUUUCUGAUCACGAUCCAUUCCAGCAUCUGAUCGGGAUUCACCCCAGCUUCUGAUCAUGAUCCACUCUAGUAUCUGAUCAGAAUCCACUCCGGUUUCCAAUCGGGUUCCACUCCAGUAUCUGAUCUAGAUCCACCCAGUUUCUGAUCGGGAUCCACUCCAGUAUCUAAUGGGAGUCCACCCCGGUACCUGAUCGGGAUCCACCCCGGUUUCUCUCUGCCUGGCUCCUCCUCACACGGUAUUUGGGGGGGGGGGGGGGCGGUCCUGAAGCUGUUGUCAGUGUCGGCCCGGCCUUGGGGAACCGGAACCGGCGGCUGAAACACCCGAGAGCGAGAGGGUAGUGUGCGGGCCUAGGCCUGAGGCAGCGGCUGCUGACGUGUCCCUGAGAGAGAGAGAGAGAGAGAGGGGGGGAGAGGCACAGAGCGGGAGAGGCAGCCGCACCGACCCCGGUACAGCGACAGGCUCCAGCUCAGGCCCUGGCCCCGGCCCCGGCCCCGACUCCCAGCCGGGAUGGAGACGCUCUAUCACCAGACCAACAAGCAGAUUCAUGAGGUGCAAACUCACAUGGGACAGCUGGAGAAGGCAGACGCACAGUCUGUUCACUUGGUGGAAAAUGAAAUCCAAGCCCGGAUAGAUCAGAUUUUCAGCAAUCUGGAGCGCCUCGAAAUACUGACCAGCAAAGAGCCUCCAAAUAGACGGCAAAACGCUAAACUCAAAGUGGAUCAACUAAAGUAUGACUGCCAGCACCUGCAAACAGCUCUGAAGAACUUCCAACACCGUCGAUAUGCCCGUGAACAACAGGAUCGAGAGAGAGAAGAACUAUUGUCACGCACGUUCACAACCAACGAUGCUGACACCUCAAUAGCAAUAGACGAGUCCUUGCAGUUUAACACUUCUUUACACAAUGCACACAAAGGAAUGGAUGAUCUCCUGGGGAGCGGGUCCUCUAUUCUGACUGGACUGCGGGAUCAGCGGAUGACUCUCAAGUCUGCCCUAAGAAGAUUCUAUGGAAUGUCCCACAUUCUGGAACUAAAGUUUGUUCUUCAUUGUCUGCAGGACACAGUUUCAGGGAGCACAGAAGAAGAUCUUGGAUGUGGCAAAUAUGUUGGGAAUGUCAAAUACUGUGAUGCGUCUAAUUGAGAAGCGAGCGUUCCAGGACAAGUUCAUUAUGAUUGGUGGAAUGGUGGUCACCUGUAUCAUCAUGGUCUUGGCGGUUAAGUAUUUGACAUGACUCAAUGUUGUCUUGCAGACUGUGCUUCAGGGAAAAUAAAGAAUCAGUAUUUCCACGAAAAGACUGCCCAAGUGAUUGGCUUGUUGCUUUCAGACUCCACACCCUCUUUCCCCCUCAUCCUCCCAUUGCCCUGAAACUAUUUCAGGUAAAUGACUACCAGUCUGGACGAAAAGCCCUUACAUACUUUGUAACCAUGCUGCCAAUUCUUUUGGUCAGCACUAUUGAUCAAAGAUUUGAAAAAGCCCAAUAAUCCCAAUUCUAAUAAGUAAAAGUGCUGGAUUAUAAUCCUUUUAAUUUUGUGGUACCCAGAGGAGGAAAAAUAAACCUUUGUUUAAUAAAAAGAAACCUGUAAUAAAGCUGAAUUUGAUGAUACUGCCAGGAAGCCUCUUUGUACUAAUUGCUCCUAUCCUCCCUCCAGGCGUUUUCCUGCAGAAUAAACACAAUUAAUUUCAGGUGACUGAGCUGACCUUUUCAGAAAUAGCAUUUUUCAACAAAACACCUUCACCUCUUGAUGCAUUCAAAUGAGGCAUUCCAUAUCUCCCCCGACAAAUGUUGCAACCUGGUGCUUCAGGUAAUGGCCAGAUGCACUAUCCUCAUCUGCCACCUGCUGAGCUCUCAAUUCCUGAGAGAGCAAGUUCCUGAUCUCAGCCAAGCUUCAGAGGCAGCUGUUGACUUUGAAGGUGUGUUUGCCGCAUAGUCAAUGAGAAACUCUUGCGGACAAAUGAACCCAGGCCACCUGCAUGGAUCAUCUAAUGGUGGGCUCCAAACAGAAUCAAGGAGACAGUGUGCAAGGUGUCCUAUUCCUGCCCUGAAAUUCAUCCACUGGUAGGUUUUUAAAAAAAAAACGUCACAUACUGGAGAGAAACUGGAGUUGAACUUAAAAGAAAAUGGUACUGCUAUGAUAAUUGAAGGAUUUUUCUAUUGCUGUUGGAGCCUGUAUUUAUUAUAAAGCAGCAAACUACUUUUUACUUAUUCAGUCAAGAUGGUGCCCAGGUGUCAUCGCUAUUCACUGUGAAGCUGAGAAAUGGUAUCCUUACUGUCUUUGCACUAGUGGGAAAUGGAUGUCAUGUGAAAUGUUCCUCAUUGGAAUAACCUGUCUGCCUACUGUGCAUCAAAUUGUCUGAUCAUUGUUCCACAAUAUUGACUCUCAGCCUGCAGGAUGCUUUGGAAUAAUUGAAAGGUAGCUGCUGUACUCAAUUUAAAAAAAAAUACAUUGCUUCGGCCUUACUGCUAUUUUGUCUUUAAUUCAAAUGUUCUUUUUUCUGUGGUCGAUACUUAUAGCAAGUGUACUUGCCAGUCUCAUUGUAGACUGGCCCCAAAUUAUAUUUUAAAAUUAAUAAACCAAGCUCUGUUCAGUAGAUGUCCAGCGACUUCUGUUAAAGAUGCUUCUACUUUCUGACGGUUAAGGUGCAACAUGUGCUUUCAUGCACAUCUGUAUUGUGGAAUGUCUCUAGAAAUGGUUUGAUUUGCAACUGUGUAUACAUUUAAUGGUUUAAUGCUACUGAUGCACGAGAUAUGGUUUGUAAUUUGUUUUUACAUUCUGCCUAUCAGACUGUGAAUCCUGUCUUUUCACCUCGAUAGGUUUGAAUAAAUAAUGUAAAUUUCAAUCCAAAUCUUAUGAGGCAGGCUUUCCUCUUCCUGUGCUUGGACUAUUGGAUUGCUUGGGCUGUGAGAAAUGAGAAUACACAGGAAGUCAGGCUGGGAGGAGUGCACAGUCAUAAGGGAGCUUGUCUGAUCUUUUGUCUAUUUAAAGUAGUUUUGGAAAUUAAGCUGACUCCAGUUGGGUGUGCAUACUUCCCACCCAAUUUUCCUGUAUUCGCUACGCCCAGGUGAUCCAGUAGCCCAAAGCAUGGGAAUGUUUGCCCUACAAAUAGCUUGUUUGCCAUAUUCUUGACUAAUUUUGCAAAUGAGCGUGCUUUGAACUGUCUCGUAUGAUGUGUUUGUAUAAUUGUUCCCUUUGGUAAGUGAUUGUCAAGUUUUGGUGAUGGUUGAAAAAUCCAUUUGCUUUCCACUAAUCACUGCUGGUUAGAGUUGUUAAAGAACUUAGUAUGAAUGCAAACAUUCUGUACUUUAAAACAGUUUCAUCGCAAUUCUUGAAGAACGUUUCAGUAGAUUGUUCACGAAGUUUGAUCCUGGACCGUUUUCUUUUCCGACUCCGGUCAUUGCCAAGUGAGCUAGAAAUUGUGCAGCAUUUAAAGCGUUGAACUGAAAUCUAUGAGAUUUAAUGUCAUGAUAUUCUCUGUCACUCACUACCGAUUGGUAAUGAAUGGUUGUGAAACUUCUGGUUCUGGUGGGGGCCAUGUGUUGUACUGGUUUCUUUUAAUUCCAAGUAAGUUUCCAACAUAUUUUCAAAUAACUUAUUUCAAAAUCUUCUCCAACCACUGUUCUGAAAAAGUUUCUCUCACCAUUUUAAUGGACAUUCCCAAGAUUAGAAACUUUUGUAGGAUUGAAUAAAAUCAAAACCAUGAAUUAA